AUGACUCCGGCCGAAGACGUGGAUCAGACACCCGAGAUCCCAGCUGGAGAAGCCGAUGACGACGGUGGAGACCACGAGGAAGAAGAAAAUGAAAAUGAUGAAGGAGAGAUUGAUGUCGAGGGCGAGGACGGGGAGGAUGGAGAAGACUCUGAAGAGGAAGAGGACGAAGACGAGGAAGAUGAGGAGAGUGAUGGGGACGAGAGUGAGGAUUUGGAAGAGUCUCCGGAAAUUAUCGCCAUAGAUGGUCCCAACGGACCACCCCGUCCAUUAUCACUCCCCCCGGCUAUCAAAGCCGAACCCCAAUCCCCAGGCGCCCAGCCUACUUUCGAAGCGCCCCCUACGACAACCACUAACCCCGCCGACACCGACGUUCCCAUUGCCACUGCUGUAGAAGGCGAAGCCAACGUACUCGUACCCAAAAAGAAGAAACGCGCUCGCCUGCGCACGCCGGAUGAUGAUGAUGAUUUCGCCCCGCCCCCGCCUCCUAUGAAGACCAUCCGCUUGGAGAGGACUAUGCUUCCCCCCGGGGAGACGCUCGAAUGGAAUAUCCUCGAUGAAGCGCGGGAGAAGGGGCUCUGUAUCGCCUGGGGCGUAGGGGUGUUGGAAGACCUACCGGCGGGGGUGAAGAUUCCUGCGGUGGAGGUGACGGGGGAUGUACCACUAGGAGAUGGGAUGGAUGUGGAUGGGCAGGGAGAGGGGGUAGCGGGGCCUUUGUCGGCGGCGCCGGCGCCGGUGGCGAUCUUUGGUGGGGGGGAUGAUGAUCCUGAGGAAAUUGCGCGUAGGCUGGAAGAAAAGUAUGGCGAGAAGAAGAAGACCAAGAAGAAGAAGAGACCAACAGACUAUGACCUCGAAGACCCCUUCAUCGACGAUGCCGACAUUCUCAUCGACGCCCCCACCCACUACCAGCGGCCCAAAAAGGAAGGCUUUUUCGUCCAUGCCGGCCAACUCGAGCUCAUGGAGGAAUCCCCGGGGAAGAAGCGCCAGGCUAAUGGGAAGCCCAAGUCGGCGCAGCACAAGUCUACGCAGGCGAAAGCAAAGACUACACCCGGGCUUGGGGGUGGGUCGGAAGCGAGGCCGUCGUUGUCGAGCGCGCUGGCUGCGCAGAGGAAAGAGUCGCAAAAUGGCCAAUUGGAGUCGACGCCUGUUGUCAGAGCGGAGGAUCAACCGCCUGUUGAUCGUGUCAUGUUCAGGAAUGCCUCGCGCGAAGAUCAAUAUCUCCCGCCAUAUACCUCUCUCCCCGAGCCAGUUGCUCAAGUCUUAAUGGCCCUCCGCCUCAAAUCCCUCCAACACGACUGGGAUCACACCAAUCGUGGCAAAUUCCCAGACCACCUGAAACCUGAGCUGCAAAAGGCGUGCCAGAUCGCGUACCAGAAUGACGUUUUCACCGGGAUCAGCACGACAAACAAUCCUGCAAGAAGAGGCGACCAGAGCUUCUUCAUAAGCUUGACCAGUGUUUUCCCUUACAACCUCUUCACUCUGACAAAACUAGCAGUCAAACUGACAUAUCACGACUACCUCCAAUGGAUGCAAGACUGCGAAGACGAAGGGCUCCGGCAGUUUAGAAGUAUCGUGGAUAAAGAUGCGAAUGAGUGGAUCGAAAAGUAUGAGGCGAGCAGGGCGGAGUGGGAGCAGGAGAUGGCGGGGUGGGAUGCCAAGCAUCAGCAUGCGACGCAGGCUAAGGAAGGGAGCGCACUUAAACACGACGUGCGCCCGGCUGAGCCUGCGAAGCGUUUCUUGUGGACGGGGGAGAUGAGGGAGGUUUAUUGGCAGUUGAUUGAGAAUGUGAUGGACAUGGCUGAUAUGGUCAAGAUCGGAGCGGAUUGGAAUAUCGCCAACCACAAACAGGGCAAGGAAUGGACCGAGCAGUCGAUCAGGUUGAGGUUGUAUAAGAAGGUUGUAGAUUGUUUCCCGGAAGGGUACAGUAACAAUAAUGUCGUUUCGAGAGAAAUGACAAAGAUCAAGAAGAGGAAGGAGGAAGCUGCAAAGAGUAAGGAGGCUGUCAAAGAUGAGACGAAGGAUGGCGCUGGGGGCUCUGGCGAAGCGGCGGCGUGA